AUGAACCUCCUGCCGUGUAACCCUCACGGCAACGGGCUGCUUUACGCCGGCUUCAACCAGGACCACGAGAGAGAGAGAGAGAGUGAGCAAGCAGGAGAGAAGCAGACACAGAAUCCGAAGCAGGCUCCAGGCUCUGAGCUGUCAGCACAGAGCCCAGUGUGGGGCUCGAACCCAUGAACUGUGAGAUCAUGACCUGAGCCGAAGUCAGGCGCUCAACUGACUGAGCCACCCAGGCGCCCCUACGUUUAUUUAUUUAUUUAGAGCGAGAAUACCAAGCAGGCUCUGUACUGCCAGUUCAGAGCUUGAUGUGGGGCUCGAUCUCAUGAACUGCGAGAUCUUGACCUGAACCAAAAUCAAGAGUGGGUCAUCCAACUGGUUGAGCCACCCAGGCGCCCCCACGAUUUUUUUUAAAGUUUAUGCAUUUUGAGGGAGGGAGGGAGGGAGGGAGAGAGAGAGAGAGAGAGAGAGUGAGCGAGCGAGCUCAAAUACAAAUGGGGGAGGGGCAGAAGGAGAGAGAAUCCCAAGCAGGCUCUGCGAUGUCAGCACAGAGCCGAUGUCAACACAGAGCCGUAUAAGGGCGGGAACCCAGGGUGGUGACCUUAGCCGAAACUAAGAGUCCAAUGCUUAACCGACUGAUCCGUACAGUUACCCCUAAUUUUCAUUAAGCAUUUUAAACUCUCAUUGCAACUUUUGGCUUGGAAAUCAUUGUUUGUUUAAUUUUCUUACGUGAAAUAUAGUUGACACACAAUGUUACAUUCAUUUCAGGUGAACCAGAAAACAUUUUUAAAAGGGCAUUCAUGAUUUUAAAUAUUCGAACUUCUAAAGAUAAUUUGCACUGCGUUCUUCAAGACUCUUCAAGUGUCGAGAUGUACAUUUCUUUAAGUUGGCUGGCUAUUUUUCUCUCUAUUCCUUUGGGAAACACAAAUGUUUGAGUAUGUACCCUUGUCUACAGAUAGCACUUGCUUCUCCUGCCUGGACCUAGACCUGAGGCCACAGAUUGACUUCCUUGGGCUACUGCACUGUAGUUACAGGAAGUAGGGGUGUGUUUGCAUGUGGGCUGUACGUAAGUAGUCUGUGCAGACACACCUCCGAGACAUUACAGGUUUGGUCCCAGACCACCGCAGUAGAGGGACUGUUACAAUAAAGUGAGUCAGAUGAAUAUUUGAUUUCCUAGUGCUUCUAAAAGUUACGUUUACACCAUAUACGUGUUUACUGUUCAGCGUGCAGUAGCAUUAUGUCUUAAAAAACCAACGUACAUGCCUUAAUUCAAAAGUAUUUCACUGCUAAAAAAUGCUAGCCAUCAUCUGAGUUUUGGUGAUUUACAAUCACUGGUCACAGGUCACCAUCACAAAUAUAAUAAUGGAGAAGUUCAAAAUAUUGCUAGAAUUAGUAGAAUGUGAAACCGAGACCUGAGCCAGCAAAGGUUGUGGAAAAAUGGUGCUGACAGACUUGCUUGAGGCACGGUCACCACAGAUCAUGGAUUUGUGAGAAGCGUAAUGUCUGUGCAGCAAAAUGAAACAAGGCGCGCCUGUCUAUAGAAGAAUGCCUUUCAGGGAUCCCGACGCCCUGUUUCUGCACCACUAGAGCUAACCCAAGGGUGUGUGGGGUCACCAGCUGUUGGGCUGAUGGUUCCUCUCUGGGAAAGAGGCCUAUGAAGACAGCAAGGAUGAUGCCUGGCCUUCUCCGAGAGGGUUUCCAACUUUUGGUGUUUGUAAUACUUUUCCUUCUAACUUUUUACUGAAGUAUGCCGUACUUACAGAAAAGUGCAUGUGCCCUGUCUUCACCUGAUGACUUUCCAAACUGAACCUAGCACCCAGGUUAAGAAACUGAACAUACCUGAACAUAAUUGGACCAUUAACGCCUGGCCAUCCUUCCAGCCACUUAGAUUAGUUUUGUCUCUGUACAUCAUUCUUGCUGAUUUGUUUAAAAACGCUUUUUUUUAACGUUUGUUUAUUUUUGGGGGAGAGAGGGGCAGUGCAAGCGGGGAAGGGGCAGAGAGAGAGAGGGAGACACACAAUCUGAAGCAGCUCCAGACUCUGAGCUGUCAGCACAGAGCCCGACGCAGGCCUCAAACAUGAGUCGGGAGAUCAUGACCUGAGCCAAAGUCGGAUGCUUAAGCGACUAAGCCACCCAAACUCCCCUUAUUCCUGACUUUUUUUUAUUCAACGUGAUGUUUGUGAGAUAUUUUCCACAUUGCUGAGUAUCUCUAUAGAUCAUUCUCAUUGAUGCAUAGUGUUUUUGUGUGUGUGAAUAUAUCACAGUUAAUUCAGUCCACCAUUGAGGGGGGCAUUUAGGUAGGUUCCCAGUUUUUGGCUAUUAAUGGUGUAUGAUCGCACUGCUGUGAACAGUCGAAUGCAUGCCUUUGGUGAGCAUAUGUUGUCAUUUCUGCAAGGUAUAUCCGCCAAGGAGCAGAGUUGACAACUGUAGUACCUGGCGCAAACAGCUUUCCAGAGCGGUUCUGCUGGUUUGCCAUCCACCAGGUUGAGAGUUCCCAUGCCCUUACACCCACUUGCUACUUGGUGUUUUCUACCAUGUUGGCUGUUUUAUUGGGGUUAAUUGGACCAUUAACAACCUGGUGUGUGAUUUGGACUCACAGUGACCUUGACAGGAUUUUAAGGGUUCAGCUUGUCUACAGGUGGGAGGAGGUCGUGGGAGACCUCAGGCCACCUUCUGGAAGCCCACGCCCCUGCUCCAGUCUGGAGUGUCCACGCUUGCUGGGAUUCCCGCUUGCAGCUGUCCUCCGGGAGGCGUGGCCUUUAUUGUUCUGUCCUCGCCUCUCCAGGUCUACAGCACUGGAGACGGGUGUGCAGGGUGGGGAGGCCAGCGGUGAGUGUUAGCGAGAGGCAGGUGUUGGAAAUGUGCCGUGGCGGCAGCUGGCCGACUUGUCAUGGAACCAGGAGUUCAGGCGGAGCUGGCCUUCGGGAAGAAAGCCCUGCAGCAGGAGGUUGGAGGGAUUCCGGAGGCUCUUUACCGUGUGAGAUGAGAGACUGGAAACGUGCUAGGUUGUGCACGUCGUGCGUGUGCGCACGCGCGUGUGCGCACGGCCCUGAGGAAGAUAGUUGUGGCGUGUGCAGACUGCGCCCGUGAGGUCAGAGCAUCUGCGGGAGCUCUUAGGAACGGCUGCUCUCUCUGGACCCCUUGCUUGUGCCAGUUCGGUCCCAGUCCCAGGGCGCUUAGCUGGGACCCCUUUGAGAUGAUUAACCGGCCUUUCUCACACUUCAGGAUGCUUUGCGUGUGGGAUGGAAAACGGAUUCCGGGUCUAUAACACUGACCCACUGAAAGAAAAAGAGAAGCAAGAAUUUCUAGAAGGAGGAGUCGGCCAUGUUGAAAUGUUGUUUCGCUGCAACUAUUUAGCCUUAGUCGGUGGUGGGAAAAAGCCAAAAUACCCUCCUAACAAAGUGAUGAUCUGGGAUGACCUGAAAAAGAAGACUGUUAUUGAAAUAGAGUUUUCUACAGAAGUCAAAGCAGUCAAACUGCGGCGAGAUCGAAUUGUGGUUGUCUUGGACUCCAUGAUUAAGGUGUUUACAUUUACACAUAAUCCCCAUCAGUUGCAUGUCUUUGAAACCUGCUAUAACCCUAAAGGCCUCUGCGUCCUGUGCCCCAACAGUAACAACUCCCUCCUGGCCUUCCCGGGCACCCACACGGGCCACGUGCAGCUCGUGGAUCUGGCCAGCACCGAGAAGCCACCCGUGGACAUUCCUGCCCACGAGGGCGUCCUGAGCUGCAUUGCUCUCAACCUGCAGGGAACAAGAAUUGCAACCGCAUCUGAGAAAGGGACCCUUAUAAGAAUAUUUGAUACUUCAUCAGGGCAUUUGAUCCAGGAACUGCGAAGAGGAUCCCAAGCAGCUAAUAUUUAUUGCAUCAACUUCAAUCCUGACGCGUCCCUCAUCUGCGUGUCCAGUGACCACGGCACAGUGCACAUUUUUGCUGCCGAAGAUCCAAAAAGGAAUAAACAGUCCAGUCUGGCCUCAGCCAGUUUCCUCCCAAAGUACUUCAGUUCCAAGUGGAGUUUUUCCAAGUUUCAGGUUCCCUCAGGCUCUCCGUGCAUCUGUGCCUUUGGAACAGAGCCAAAUGCUGUCAUCGCGAUUUGUGCAGACGGCAGCUACUACAAAUUCCUAUUCAACCCCAAGGGGGAGUGCAUCCGGGACGUCUACGCGCAGUUUCUAGAAAUGACCGAUGACAAGCUGUGACUCUCCGUCAGGAGUGCAAUCAACAGCCACGGCCGACCGCCGCCAAAGCGCUGAGUGUGCCCUUCAGACUCCCGGGGCUGGUGCCGGCGGCAGGACUGCCCGGGGACCUUGGUCCUGAAGCCAUUCUGUGGUUGUCUGUUUUCCUGAGCAGGGCUUCCCAUUUCCAGUAUUAAAGAAGGAAUAAUCAUCGAGGCAGCGUAGACACUCACGUGGCUGUGAGCAGCCCGGGCCCGGCUGCUGGCCUGUUUCCUUUAGUUCAGCUGUGAUGCUUUCGUGCUUCCGCCGCGCCCCCCGCCUCUUCCCCCCGUGCACCUGGGGGCUCCGUACACACAUAGGGACUGGGUUGAGAAAACGGUGGACAAAUCGAAAUUUGUUUUGGCAACAGAUUCCAUCAUUUUUACUGAGUCUGUAGUGGGGAAAUGAGCAACUGUGUAAAUGUUAGUUCUUACAUUACAACCAGAUUUUUCAAUAGAAUAAUAAUACCAGCAGCUUGCCUUAGAAAAGGAGAAGGGGAUUCCUUCUCCUGUCUGAACACGAAGAGACACAGCCGUGUUGGAGAACACAGGGUGGGCAUCUCCCUGUGAGCCCGCGUCCUGGUCUCCGUGCCUGUCGUGAGCCUGUGGCGUGGCUGUGCGCGUGCUUGUGCCCGCGUCCCUGUCUUUCUCUCGGGAUGGAGGCAGGAGCAGCACACUCUGUGUGCCCUGCGGUCUCCUGAGUGUCCCUCUUGUGUGUCGGGAGCAGUAACGUGUAGACUUUCAGAAUCAGUCCCCGAGAAAAGCGUCACGGAAUCCGGAGGAGGUGGAGGGAAGCGUUGGGCAUCUGGGCAAAGCAGGCCUCGUCUGGGCAGGAGCAGGAGACCCUGGCCGUCGCCUCGGGUCGGUCGGCCGUUGGGGAGAGUAGCAGUACACUAACGGGAAGGAAAGGCACGCGGUACCGUUUUCUAACGUGGUAACUAACACAGGUUAUGGGCUCUACGUUGUUAGUACUCCCAGAAGUAUGUAUUUAAUUUGCUGAAAUUCCCUUUCAAGAAACCUAACUUCACGGUUUUGAUUUCAGGUAGCAAACGUCUGCGGGAGCAGCUCUCUGUUCUGCCUGUUCUUUUACUGUCAUGUAAUCAACUAACUUUGUAUGUGGGUUUCAGUGUAAAGUAUGCAUGUUAUACUUUUGUGUGUAUUUAAUCAUGAAAUUUAAUUUUGCACUUAUUUGUAAUGUUUCUUUUAAAUAAAAGUGACUAAUUUUGUCGUA